CCCAUAAAUCUCACGCACACUCUCACCCACUACUACACUACCUACGCACACAAGUUUAUCCCCUUCAAUUCACCAUUUGCUUUCUUUCUUCGGUUCUCUCUCUAGAUCUCGAUCCCCCAUUUUCUCUCUUUCCAUCCCUCCCGCAUACAUAUAUAUGUUCUUUUCCAAUUUUAUGAUUAGGGUUUGAUUUUUUAUGAUUCUCUCGUGUGCCGGAGUUGUUGGGGUGGGAAAAGUGUGGAGUCUCUGUGAUUUUUGUGUUUUCUGAUUGUGGAUGUUCAUUUAUGUGUGAUUAGGAGUCGUUGGUAGUUGCGCAUUGCAUCAGGUCUUCAGGAGAAGAUCUGACGGACAAAUAGAGAGAGAGAGUGUGUGAGAGGGAGAGGGAGAGAGAGGAGAAGACUGAGAGUGUCUGAGGGAAAAGAAAAAAUAAAGGGGGGAAUUUCCGUUUGCGAAGAAUGAGCGCUUCGAGAUUCAUAAAGUGCGUGACGGUGGGCGACGGUGCCGUCGGCAAGACCUGUCUCUUGAUUUCCUAUACCAGCAACACCUUCCCCACGGAUUAUGUGCCUACUGUUUUUGAUAAUUUCAGUGCAAAUGUGGUCGUUAAUGGAAGCACUGUUAACCUAGGCCUGUGGGAUACUGCUGGACAGGAGGACUAUAACAGAUUAAGACCUUUGAGUUAUCGUGGAGCUGAUGUUUUCAUUCUGGCAUUUUCUCUCAUUAGCAAGGCCAGCUAUGAAAAUGUUUCCAAGAAGUGGAUUCCCGAAUUGAAGCAUUAUGCUCCUGGUGUCCCUAUUGUUCUUGUUGGCACAAAACUCGAUCUUCGGGAUGACAAGCAGUUCUUUGAUGACCAUCCAGGUGCUGUACCAAUCACUGCAGCACAGGGGGAGGAGCUGAGAAAGAUGAUUGGGUCUCCAUCUUAUGUUGAAUGUAGUUCAAAAACACAACAGAAUGUCAAAGCAGUUUUUGAUGCUGCCAUUAAAGUUGUGCUCCAACCACCCAAGCAAAAGAAAAAGAAGGGGAAGUCUCAGAAGGCCUGUUCUAUAUUGUGAUCAGAAGUAGGUAAUGAAAUAUGUCCAGCAGUCGUUCUUCUGGUCCACCCGACUAUGUCAUUUUCUUGUUUCUUUUGCCUCAGAAGAAAAUUGUAGUGCCCUUCCAUGCCUUUGAUCAAAGUAACUAGUGAUCCCCGUGGAAGCAUUGGUGGCUUGAAUUGUGUUGUGCGUUUGAUGUCCUAGUGUUUAAGUCACACUUUUAGGCCACUUCGUUGUGCCCGCCCUGUUUUGAUUCCUUUACUUUUAUUUUUGUUUAUUAAUGAGACGAAGAUUUAUGAUGUUGGCUAAUGUAGGGUUCGCACAUUCUCUUUUGACUUAAUUUCCCUUUUAUGCAUCACAUAAAAAAAGUUUGUCGUAA